AUGGAAACAGCUCCAUGUAUUGUGUAAAUGUGACAUUUUAAUGAAGGGUAUAGGCGAUAGUUUUUCGAAGUUCGAAUUCAGUGACUAUGGAGGCUUUUCAAAAGCCACAAAUAAUUUGUCAUACACAGAAUUCUGUCGAUUAUGCGAUUCACGAUGUGAAAUGGAUACCUUGUUCAGCGAAAUUUGUGUCAGUGGGUGGAAAAUCGAACGGAUCUGGAAUUAUUCAAACGUACACACUCACAAAAAACGGGAUUGAAAAAGUCGGAGAAUUUUGCAAGAAGGAUCAUUUCAAAUGUUGCACUUUUGAUGCUUCUGGUUUGAGAAAUAGGUGUUUGGCUACGGGAGAUUUCAGUGGAAGAUUACAAGUAUGGGAUUUGGAAGAUACACUACUGCCAGUUUACAAGUCAACUAACCAUAAAGCCGUAAUCAAUAGCAUAGACGGAGUAUCUGGUGCCGAAACCGGCUGUGGCGCUCCAGAGAUUGUAACUGGAUCUAGGGACGGUUCAGUGAUGGUAUGGGAUAUCCGCCAAAAAGAUUAUCCCGUCGCGAAGUUUGUCCCUACAGAAGAAGAACAAGCGAGAGAUUGCUGGGCGGUAGCAUUCGGGGAUUCGUACAAUAACGUGGAUAGAAUCGUAGCAGCAGGAUACGAUAAUGGGGAUAUAAAGAUGUAUGAUUUGAGGAAUAUGUCUUUGCGCUGGUCCAAAUGCGUCAAGAAUGGAGUGGUGAGCCUGCAGUUCGACCGCAAGACCAUUUCGAUGAAUAAACUGGUUUCCACAACAUUAGAAUCUAAAAUAUAUUGCUUCGACGUAAGAACGCAGCAUCAUAAAAAGGGUUUUGCACAUUUAGUGGAGAAAGCGCACGAUUCAACAGUCUGGAGUGUGAAACAUCUACCCCAAAAUCGGGAAAUAUUCAUGACAACUGGUGGAGCUGGAAGUCUUUGUCUCUGGAAAUAUAACUAUCCUGAUAAGAGAGUUGAGGUUGAUACUGAUGGAGUUCCGUAUGGUAAAGUAGGAGAUAUAUCACUGUUGCAGAACUGUACACUAUCAGACCAACCAAUAACUGCAUUCGACUGGUGUGUUGAUAAAUUGGGAUUAUCUGUUUGUUCUGCUUUCGAUCAGACUAUCAGAGUUUUGAUCACCACUAAACUCAAUUCGUAUUAAUAAAUAAUAAAAAAUGUUGUCAAG